AUCCUGUGUGUUAUCGUAUCCCUUCAACAUCUUGAAGAAGAGGAGGAUAUCUUGAUAUCAAACACAGCAGCAGUUCGGUGAAUCCAAACUAUGGGGAAUUUGAAUGCAACUCGCUAUCUAAAUACCCGUUGACCAUGAAGGAUCCUGCCUCAGAAUCUCUGCGUUGUGGCUUCUUGCCCUUACUUUAUACCCCAUCUUUGGAGUGAGACCAAGCAGGACAGCUGGUGGCCACCACAUAUAACGUUCGAGUUUCUCCACUGUUUUGCGACUUAUAAAUACAUAUUCCAUUCCAAGUUAGAAUAUCCGGUAUUUGGCCCAUUUUAGAUACCCAACAGGCCAUGGAUUCUCCAUCGAAGUCUCGGCGUUCCGACAUACCGGAGCACCAUAUUGUCCACGCGGACGAGAUUGACCAGUUGGGGACUGAUAUUUCCACAGUUCCCGAUGAUCAACUCAUGCCGGAACUGGUUGAGGGUUUUAAAGCUGAACAAGCUCGCAAACCUGAUCCCAACGACUUUCCUGGCCUUCCCCAACGCCAUGGACGAGAACCGGCGCGCCGGGAACUGCGUAGGGAUGCAAGUGCGGCCCCACCACCGCCCAUGAAGCCGCCACCACCAGCGCCUGUGCACCAGAAUAUAGGGUCUCCAACGGAUUCCUUGAGUCUAGCCCAGCUGCGGAAACUAGUCCACGAGAUGCCCAGGCCUGACCAGCCUGCUUAUGCAUUUGAGUACGCUGACUGUCAGCCAUUUCCGAAGGAGGUAGACGAGUGGUUCCAGUACAAUGAGCCGGACCGUCUUAUGCUGCUGGGGUCCAAGGCUUCCUUUGAACAGAACUGGUCGGAGUUUUGCCAAAAGUGUAUGAGUCCCCCGGCGGUUUCUGAAGUUCCCUGGGUUGAUGUUACCGAGGAGAUUCGUGCGAGCUUCGUUACCCGUAUGAUUGGGUCUCUCGAUCAUGCAGAUUUGUUUAUCCGUAUUGAAGCUCUCGAGGUUGUUUGUUAUCUUAUAACGGGGGCUUGGGCUGUCACGGCUGGCAAAAGUUCAGAAGAUCCUCCGGCUGGAUUUUCAAAAUUUGAAUCAUUGGAGGAGUGUCCAAAGUCAAGGUCGAUGCAGAUUAAAUGGAUGGUAAAUAAUAUAUUGCUUGUGCAACAGUGUGGUGGAAUUCCUGUAUUAUUUCAGGCCAUGAAACGGAUUUUUGAGAAGGACCAGCCAAUAACAAACGCGGAUGCGAAAUUUUUCGAGGCGGAAAACGGAACGGCUGCGUAUUAUGCGGCUCGUGAGAGAGAAGCCAAUCUCAUUUUGACUGCUAUGUACCUAGUCGUAGAGGUGGCUCGCAUACAGGAGCAAUCGAACCCGGAUCAAGCUGGCUUGAAGAAUGAUAUUGCUGCGUUAAAACCGAAUAUCCUUGUUUUCCUCGUCGAAAUUAUUGCGCGAUUGCGCUGGGAAGAUGCAACCAGCAUUCCAUUAACUAGAGUUAUCCUCCUGCUAUGGAAAUGCCUUCUGCUAUUAUUCGGAGGGUCCGAGAGCUUAGCGCGAGUGAAAGCAGUUCUGGAGCCUAAGUAUGGUGCCUUGGAAGAUGCGUCGAAGUCUUCCAAGUUACCUGUUCUUACUGCUUCUCCGCUUGAUUAUCACAUAUUCCGACAAGAAAUUACCUCCAAAUACCCAGCAUACAAUCCUCCUCCUCCGCUAGUACCCUUUGAGCUGGAGAACAAUUCUAUACUUCCCCCUUUACCAAGCCAUUCCAGCAGAUAUAAUUCAGGAUCAACAUUAUUUUCUGGCAUUGGACCGGCCUCAUUAAGCGGAAACGGGUCUAUCCUCCACCAAUCCGUGCACAUUGCGACGCCCGCUCCAUCACCUCCGCCAUCACCCAUGGGACCAGGAGGAAAAGGGGGUAAAAAACAAAAUUAUCAAACCAACCAACAUUUCCCUUUCAUGUAUCCACCUCUUGACCAGACUAGCAACGAUAUUGGUGGAAAGGGAAGUAGUGAAGUUCAAGAUAGAGUUGUGGGUAAGAAAUGGGAAGGAAGUGAUGUACCUGCCUCUAUAAUCGAAGCUGGCCAGUUGUUCUCCAGUCGAAUGAAGAUGACGAGAGCGAUGCGCCAACUCUGGGAGGAACGAGAGAGAUUCCUCAAAUAUGAUAGAGGCUGGGAUGCCACAGAAUUCGAUGAUGAUAAGCCGGCGACUGACUGGCUGGCUGAUCUUGAGUCUGAAUCGGAGGACAAGAAAGCUGAAAAGAAAAAACCUGACGUAGGUUUCCAACAUGUGAAGGAAUCCGAUGACCCAUACGUCCAGGAACGCUUAGAUGCUGUCGAAGACUUCUAUAGCCAAGCUUUCCCAAAUCUACAAUCCAUAGUCAUUGUCCUUUUGAAAGAGAUUUUAAUAAACAUUACAGAAGCUGCGGCAUUGCAGUCAAAAACAAACGGACCCAAUGGCUUCAGACAUGGGCCCGCAAAAGCUUCUUUGUUCGAUGAUAUGGCUGCGCCGAAUUCAGCUUCCCAAGAUAUGGAACGGGGAGACGACAAUCAAUGCAGUGAAGAACUCGACGCCAUCAGACACCGAGAAAUAACUUCCGCUGCUAUUUCAGGGUGCCUUUUAAUCAUGCUGAAAUGGCUCAAGCGGUCGCAUAUACUAAAAUUCGAAUACAUGACACAAUUACUGCUCGAUUCAAAUUAUCUUCCUCUUAUAUUGAAAAUGUUCAUCCAUCAGGAGAUCGAUAGGGUUGUUGCGCAGCGAAAUGAUCGAGAUGAUCUGAGCUUUUUCCACUUCUGCCACGUCCAUUCUAACCAACCCCCGGAAAUUGCAACCUCACCCGAACCGGAGGAACCCGAUAGCGAGGAUGAUGCAGCCCCACCCCCUAUUACUCGCAAUGCCCGACCCCAGCAAUCUGCACCAAAUAGCUCCGCUCGCCCAGCAUCACCACAAAAGUUGCAGUCCAAUCCUCCCGACCACCCUCCACCCCUCCCCGAAGUCGAUGAGUUAGGUUACCCCAGUGCACCCGCGCCCACAGGGCCGAUCACCACCUACUCCUUCCGAAACUUCUUCUCGUCGAUUAACUUCUUGCACAUAAUGCAAAAGAUCACCCGGGACAAAGCUCACAGGUGCCUGCUACUCGUCCAGUACAAAUCCAGCAACAUUCUACGGAAGGGGAUCAAAGUUCCCGAUCCACGUCUUCGCCUUUACACGCUCAAGCUGGUGAAGUCGCAAGUCCCUUACUGUGGGCGGAAAUGGCGCCAGAGCCACAUGCGCGUCAUCACGGCCAUUUAUCUAUAUUGCCGUCCGGAGCUGCGCGACGACUGGCUGGCUGGAAGUGAUGUGGAUGCCGAGGUUGAAGAGUCAUUGCCCAUGGAGCAAACGCUGCGCGGCCUCACGCACUGGUGGCACCUGCGCAAGUAUAAAGAUACAAUGGCAUUUGAAGACGGGAACACAUUAAUGGAUGAAGAGCGAGAUUUCUUCGUGCGAGAGCUCGAGAACAUGGGGUGGGGGAUGACCGGGGAUGAGAUGCUGAAUGCGGCUAGUGAAGAAGGGGAGCCGAUUCCGGGGCUGAAUGGGGCUGAAUGGGGGAGAUCCCGGGGCGAUGCAACCGGAGAACUGGUGAAUAAGAAAACAGCUGCCUCUUUUUUCUUUUUUCGUCCUUUUUUCCCUUAUUAGACGCCUAGGCUAUGCUUGUCUAUACAUGAUUCCGUUUCGUGUUGUGAUAUUCGCGCGUUCAGUCCUUCUUUCAUUUCAUUGGACGGAUUAUGAAUUAUGGAAAAGGAAUAAUAUUUUUAGAGGCUGCAGCUUUCUUUCGUUCCUUGGUUGCUGUUUUAUCUUUCAUAACUUGCUUUCUCGUCUUCUUUUGUGCUUAUUUCGCACGUUUGACUGAUGGUCAGUUUGAAUUUGAUAUCCAAGAUGCUGAGAGGCUUGUUGCUGCUGCAGUUACUUCCAAAGGAGAUGUAUCACUCACUGCCUUUUCUCAGUCUCAACUUAAUCUUACAGUUGUCAGAGAGGUAUGUAGUUAAGCUCUAGUACCAACAAAACCCCGCAGCUCCCCGCAUCAUAUCCUAUCUAAAUGAGCAACUUCGGCCUCAUCCGCUUCAUAAUUCAACGCUUCGAUUUCUGCAUGCACAUAUGGGAUCCCCUCUUCCCCCCUCCUCUGCGCAGUUAACAGCUCAAUUUCACCCGGAUAGUAAAUCCUAUCGACCCCUUCCAUCUUCUCCCCGCCAACCACCCUCUGGUACAAGUAAUCCAUCCGCGCUUUGAACUCCUCCAAAUCCAUAAACAAGUCAGGUUUAAUAGCCACAAUGAAAUGGCCCACAUUAGCCUCUUUCGACGGAUCAUAUGGGCCCGUAACAUGUCCGGCAAACGACGAGCCGGACAAAACCCCAGAAAACACAUCCAUCAUUAUCGCUAGUGCCGAUCCCUUCGGCCCACCCAUCGGCAACAUCACCCCCUUCAACGCUGCAGCAGGGUCCGUGGUCGGCGCACCAUUUCCAUCCAACGCCCAGCCCUCCGGAAUCUGCUCUCCCCGCCUAUGGGCUUUAUAGAUUUUGCCUCUGGCAGCAAUCGAGGGGGCCAUGUCAAGGAUGAACGGUACCCCAGAUUUACCGCCGGGUGCCCCACAUGCAAUCGGCGAGACACCCAUUAGUUUCUCCCUGCCGCCCCACGCAGGCAGUGCUGGGGACGAAUUCGUAAAGACCAGACUCAUCAUCUCCGCAUCCACUGCCUGCCGGACAAACGAGGCUGACAUGCCAAAGUGGUUCGAGUGCCUGACAGAGACCAUGCCAAUACCGUACUCUUUCGCCAUGCCAAUGGCAUGGUCCAUGGCGGUGUGUGCAGCGACGAAGCCAAAGCCGUUAUGCCCAUCUACUAGGGCGACGACUGGGGUUAUCUGCUGCACGGAGGGGAGGGCGGCGGGGUCCAGAACACCCUGGCGGAUUCGGGUUAGGUAGGAAGGGAUGCGGUUUAUGCCGUGGCUGUCGACGCCGCGUAGAUCGGCUUCGACGAGGCAUUUGGCGACUAUGGCGGCGUUUUUGGGAGGGACGGCGUGUUUUUCAAGGAGGGUCCGGACGAAGGUCUCCGCAAUGGAUGGCGCAACUAGGAUGGUUUGAGGUGAGGGUUGGGGAACCUCCAUCCUGAGUCCUUUUUGUUAUAGCUAAAUUGAAAUGGAUAUAGACGUUAGUUUUAAAAAUCAAUUUUCUAUCCCCCUAUCCAAGUAUUUCCUCCCGGUUCACGAGUGGUUAUGACCUGCCCUCAGGUCAGCUCAAAUCCGCCGUUGCUAUUUUCGCCUAAAGAUCCAACCAGCCAGUGAGCUGGUGGCUAGAAACGAAUAUCCGUCUAUACAUACUUUGAGGAAAUAAUAGUGCAAUCAGCAGUCGAAUGUCUGGAGAGUACGGAAUCGUAGAUACUCAUCGUCGGCCAUCGGCAAUCGUUCCGUCCAUCGACGUCAACAUAUUGCUGGAUUAGGGCGGGGCUAACGGCUAAAUACGCCAAUGCCGAACGCG